AACCCGUCACCUCGUCUCUGUAUCCAUGGCCACUCUCCAAGCCCACUCCUCAAAGCAUCUCAUCUUCCCCGUCUCUUCUCCUCCAAGAUUACUCCAUUUCAGAAACCCUUUCACUCUCUCCUUUUCCCGGGAGCUCUUAUUUCCCCGGAAAAUCGCCGGGGUUCGGAGGGGUUCAAGCUUGCUAGUUAAAGGCUCUCACAGAGACGACGAAUCUCUUUCUACUAUUGAAAAGGAGAAGGAGAACGAGAGGCCUCUGUUCGAUAUCAAUUUGGCUGUCAUUCUUGCUGGUUUCGCAUUCGAAGCCUACACUAGCCCUCCUCGAGAUGCUGGAAAACAUGAAGUGGAUGCGGCAAAUUGCGAAACUGUAUUUCUUUCAGAAUCAUUUUUGCGUGAAAUUUAUGAUGGUCAGCUCUUCAUCAAGCUGAAUAGAGGUUUUGAUCUUCCUGCCAUGGAUCCAUGGGGUACAAGUGAUCCGUAUGUGGUCAUUCAGUUGGAUAGCCAGGUUGUCAGAAGCAAGGUUAAAUGGGGGACCAGAGAACCAAUUUGGAAUGAGGAGUUUACUUUAAAUAUCAAACAGCCACCCGUUAAUGAUCUUCAGCUCGCAGCUUGGGAUGCUAACCUUGUGACUCCACAUAAGCGCAUGGGCAAUGCAGCAGUUAAUUUGGAAAGCCUUUGUGAUGGAAACAUGCAUGAAGUGCUGGUUGAGUUGCAGGGGAUGGGCAGUGGUGGAAAGCUACAGAUAGAGAUUAAGUACAAGAGUUUUGAUAAAGUUGAAGAGAGAAAGUGGUGGCACAUUCCAAUAAUUACAGAACUUCUUGAGAAGAAUGGUCUUGAAUCUGCACUGAAGACAGUUCUUGGCACAGAGAUGGUGCAAGCACGUCAGUUUGUACAUUUUGCUUUUCCACGGCUUAAGUGGACUGAUCAAAGUAAUGACACUGGAAUUUGGAAGGAUCAGGCUUCAAAUGAAACUGAAGCAAUAGGAAAACAUAGUGAUCAUUCAGGAGAUUUNGAUAAACAUUUUUGGAAAAACAUUGCUGAUAUUGUGAAUCAUAAUGUUGUCCAGAGAAUUGGUUUUCCUGCUUUUGAUAAAAUAAGGUGGGAUGAAUUUGACUUGUUAAAUAAGAUUGGGUUGCAGUCUCAACAAGUUGCAGUCGCCAGUUAUAUUGAAUCUGGACUUGCUACUCCUGAAAAGCAGGAAAGGUUGGUACCACAAAUAAUGAACACAAUUCAAUCAUCAUUGCCAGAUAUUAAGAAGGCGACAAGAGAUUUGCUACAGCAGACUGAUUCCAUUCUGGGUGCUCUUAUGGUUCUAAACACAACAGUUUUCAAGUCAAACAAAGGGGUAGAACUUAUUGGAAGCGGCAACACAAAAAAAGAUUCAACACCUGAAAUAAAAAGUGACGUUCAUGGAUACCCAAUACAUAAUGCAGCAAUCUUAAAUGAAACGAAAACCGAGGAAAUGAGGGAACUAUUUACAAGAGCAGAAACUGCUAUGGAGGCUUGGGCAAUGCUAGCCACAUCUUUGGGGCACCCGACUUUUAUUAAAUCUGAAUUUGAUAAGAUAUGCUUCUUAGAUAACUCAUCUACUGACACUCAGGCAACUCUCUUGUUAUUCUAAAUUAGUGCUUCCUUUGUCCAAGAGUGUAUCAUGUGUUUGUCUUAGACAUGGUUUUAUAUAAAACAAUUUCCAUAUCUACCUCUGAAAAGAAAAGAGAAUUGGAUCUCACCAAGUCUUGUAGGAUAGAUUCAAAGAAAAACAAAAAACUGGUGGUGUUCAAAUUUGGGAAAGUAAACAUUGAUUUGGGAUGUAGUAAAACAGUAAUGAAAGAUCGAACAAAAUGAGGUGUAGGGACUCUUUUUCUUUUGGUAUAAAACUUUUUUUAGAGGUGAAUGGACAUCUAAUCACAUACUGUAUAGAUCUGCAGGUUGCACUUUGGCGAGAUCAAUCACGGAAAAGAUUAGUUGUUGCUUUCAGAGGAACAGAACAAGCUAGAUGGAAAGAUCUGCGGACAGAUUUAAUGUUGGUUCCAACAGGGCUAAAUCCUGAAAGGAUAGGAGGUGACUUCAAGCAGGAAGUUCAGGAAAGGAAGUCAUCGUAUUCACAUUAAAAUGAGCAAUUUAAAUAGACACAAGAUGAAAGGCAAAUGUAAUCUGUUAGGAUGUACUCUCUGUUUGAACCACUGCAUGGUUGUCGUCUGGAUUCUUUGACAUCCUUCACUGGUGAACAUUGUGAAUGAAUGAAUCAGCUAUGGACGUACUGACUUUUCUUCACAUGUUAUCAACUUCAUGCUCCCAUCUUCUAGGACUUGUGGGAGUAGCAUAGAGAUGUGAUUGGUGAAGAAAUGGAGGGUAUGUUU